AUGGCCUCAAAGAGAAUAAAAAAGAUAGAAGAAAUGAUAAAAGACAGGAGUGCACUAAAGAAUGAGAUCAGUAGACUAGAAAAUAAGAUAUUCAAAGUUGAGAAUGAGUAUUUAGAGCUUACACAGGGGUGUUCACUGCUUAAGAAUUUAGAAUUUUACAUUCAUGCCAACCCGAAAAGAAAAGAACAAGCGUAG